AUCGGCGGCGUUCCCGUCGCCACCUCACGCACUUCGCCUUCCCUAAUCUCCUCCCACAGGACGCAGGCGACACGCGCUGCUGCUCCCACCAGUCCACUCUCCCUCGCCUAGGGUUUUCACCCAUUGCUCCAGCCAAGAUGGACAAGAAGAUGUCCAGAAAGAGAAGGCUGGUACUUAUAAGAGCCGCUGCAUCCUUGGCUUCAUCUAUGGUCACGAUGUAUGUCCGGUCUAGACAACGGAAAAAGGGGAAAAAGAAGAAAGAGGGUAUUGCCUAUGGCCCAAUCGUUGACAGGGACGAGAAAAGGAUUGACUUUCUAAAUAAUCAGAUUUACAAGGAUGAUAUGACUUGCCAGAGGACGCUAAGGCUUACGAGGGCUUCUUUCUUCAGCUUGUGCCAACAUUUGAGGGAACGCUCUUUGCUCCGUGACACCGUCCAUAUAUGUAUCGAGGAGCAAGUUGCCAUGUUCUUGAUCACAGUAGGACACAACCUUCGGAAUAGGGAUGUAGCUGCUAUUUUUAACAGGUCAGGUGAACCGGUUAGUCGCUACUUUGGACUAGUCCUCCAUGCCAUAGGCAAGCUAAAGGACGAGCUUAUUAGGCCACCAUCAUUGGAGACUCCAACUAAAAUUGCCGGUGACUCAAGAUGGGACCCAUACUUUAAGGAUUGUAUUGGAGCCAUAGGUGUCACACACAUUCAAGCUUCUGCUAGUAAGAACGCGGAGACUGCCUUCUGUGCUAAGAAGUCAUUUCCAAGCCAAAAUGUGCUGGCAGCCAUUGAUUUUGACCUUCGUUUCACAUAUGUACUGGCUGGCUGGGAGGAAUCUGCACAUGAUGAUGCUGUUUUAGUGGACGCAACAGAGCGUGAGAAUGGCUUACAUGUCCCUCAUGGGAAAUUCUACCUAGUGGAUGCUGUACAUGGAGCCAAACCUGGUUUUCUGCCACCUUUCCGCGGUGCGACAUAUCACUCGAAUGAGUGGGGGAAUAAUCAUUUGCAGUAUGCAAGGGAAUUGUUCAAUCGUAGGCACUCAGCUCUACAAGUGACCGCAGAACGUGCAUUCUCAUCACUCAAGCGGAGAUUUAAAGUUCUUGAUGAUGGAAUCCCAUUCUUCCCCUCUGCUACUCAAGUGGAUGUUGUGAUGGUUUGUGUCAUCCUCCACAACUGGGUUCUUUCCAAAGGCACUGAUUGCUUCAUCCUGCCAGAGAGUAAUUGCAAACCUACACCCCCUAGUUUGCAAAGCCAGCAAAUACAUGACCAUAGCCACAUGGUUGGGUUCAGACAAGCCCUUGCCGACAAAAUGUGGGAAGACCAUCAAAACUACCAGCGCAGUGAUGCUGACUUCUUGAACACCCCAAUUGACUAUCAUGAGAUGGCCACAAGCUUUGGUAAUGGUAUGGCUUCGGGUGUUUUUGCUAAGAAUUGGGGCGAUCUUCUUGCUGCGAAUGUGACCGAGAAUGAAUAUGCCAAUGGAGGAAAUGACACUUCUGCUGCAAGUGUUGAAGACUUUACACUGCCUUUUACUAUUCCCAGAGGGGGGAACAUUGGUGAAUCCUCCAGCAGUAGAGCACCAAAAAGGGCCAAGCUAGACAAUGAUGAUGAGUUGACACACUUGAUGACUAGCCUUGAUAACCUUACCAAAGCUAUAGAGAAGUCCAAAUAUGUAGAUGUUCCUGAAGACCUCUGGGGUAACUUGAUGGAUCUCCCUGGAUUUGAAGAAGCGCAUCUUACCCAUUAUUACGCUCAUUUAGUUGAGAAUCCUGCAAUUGCUUGGUCAUUCAACAAGCUUAGCAUGUCCAACAAAACGAUGUGGGUUGUUAGUUAUAUCAAGAACCUCCGUUCUGUGUAGAACCUGCUUUUUUAUAUUUGAGUUAUGUGGUAAGCUGUUUCUGUUGCCAGUAGAAACAAUCACAAUGUGGUACGGCUGUGCAAUGCCUAUCUGUGUUUUGUAACAACAGAGCAAUUAAACUGUGGCUGACCUUGUAAAUAAUUCAUGUGUGUGCCAUGCAUGCGAUCUUGGCCGGAUGCUUAAUGCUAAUAGUCCCGGAUGACGGA